AUGCCUGAACGCACAUCCUACGAUUAUCCCUUGGCCAAAACACAUCCUUCUUUCUCAACUGCUUUUGACGCACAUCUUGACCCCAAUGUGGAAACAAACAACAUAUGUUGGAUCAUUCACUCCAGCGGCUCCACUGGUCUUCCUAAGCCCAUAAAACAAACGCAUGCCGCAGCUCUACGGAACUAUUCCAACAAUUUCAGUAUGAACGGAUUCAUCACACUUCCUUUAUUCCAUGCUCAUGGUAUAUCUUCCGUUUUUCGUGCAAUUCAUUCCGGCAGACAGAUCCAUGUUUAUAAUGCCGAUUUACCGCUUACAAGCCCGUAUCUUGUCGAGAGCAUGGAAAGGCACCCACCAGAGAUAUUUUACGGUGUACCAUAUGCACUGAAAUUGCUUGCCGAGUCACGGGAGGGGAUGGAGGCAUUGAAGAAGUGCCGUUUGGUCAUGUUUGGUGGUUCAAGUUGCCCGGAUGUUUUGGGUGAUCGAUUGGUAAAGAACGGUGUAAAGCUAGUUUCGCAUUAUGGAACGACCGAGACUGGUCAACUGAUGACUUCAUUUCGUGAGGAUGGCGAUUACGACUGGAAUUAUCUCAAGGUUUCUCCAAACCUCAAGCCUUUUGUCAGAUGGGAUCAGCAGGCAGGUGAUGUUUACGAGUUAGUAAUCCUCGAUGGAUGGGCGUCCAAGGUCGCUACAAACCGCCCAGAUGGCUCUUACGCAACAAAAGACCUCUUCCUAAAACAUCCUACGAAAGAGGAUAGAUGGAAAUACUUCGGCCGUUUAGACGAUACGCUCGUGCUCGUCAAUGGUGAAAAGGCAAAUCCAAUCCAAACCGAACAUACGGUGCGCGAAAAUCCAUAUGUAUCCGAAGCAGUCGUUUUUGGUGCAGGGAAACAACAAUUGGGAUCAAUCGUUAUUCUUUCCGAUAACUCCAGGGGGAUGCUAGAACAAGAAGUUAUGGAGAGGGUUUGGCCUUCAUUUGAGACCGCAAAUACCCUUGCACCUGAAUAUGCCCGCAUAUCCCAGGAGAUGGUUAGAUUCUUACCCCCUGGUACCCCAUUUCCUAGGACAGAUAAAGGCACGGUGAUUAGAGCUGCUUUUUACAAUAUAUUCAAAUCAGAUAUCGAGGAGAUAUAUGCAGACAUUGAGAGAGGCGCCGUUAAUGGUGGUUUAGAGUUGCCAGAAACUGAGAUCAAGGACUUUGUGCGCAAUACCGUUCUCAGUUUGUUGAGGUUGCCAGAUCCCUUGAUCCUGAGAGACGAUACAGACUUUUUCUCUAUAGGGAUGGACUCCUUGAUGGCUGCACGGAUUAGGUCUGCCAUCCUGAAAAACCUCAACACUGGUGGGCAAACACUAGGCCUAAACAUUGUAUUCGAAAAGCCAUCAGUCAACCAACUCUCGAAGUUUUUGUUCAGGUUGAGAGUUCCAGAGAAAUCGGGCGUGGAAGAAGAGGAGACUGUUGAAGAAACCAUGAAGAGAUUGAUUGAGAAAUACUCCGAAUUUCCCAUGCAUAUCCCUGGAGAUUCUGAUGUCGAGGGUGAGCAUGUGGUCGUUACUGGGGCUACUGGCUCCCUUGGAGCCCAUAUUGUAGCACAACUCGUUGCUAUGAAGUCUGUAAAAUCCGUUUUCUGCCUUGUCCGCGCGGAGUCUCCCAGGGCUGCUUGGGAUCGUACUGUACAAUCUUUACAAGUCAGACGGGUUUACGAUAAUUUAUCAGAUGAAGAGAAAAAGAAAAUGAUCUGUCUACCAUCGAAUCUAGCGGAGGAGGAUCUUGGUCUUGGUCAGGGGCGUUAUGAAGAGCUGAAAUGUAAAGUUACGGCUAUCAUCCAUUCGGCAUGGUCAGUCAACUUCAACAUGGAUGUAACCAGCUUUGAGGCACAGCACAUCAGAGGUACUCACAACUUGAUUAAGUUGUGUCUCCGCUCAAAUCGUCCCUCUCCGGCUGGGUUCAACUUUCUCUCCAGCGUUUCAUCUGUUGCGGCAACUGUUGGCUCCCAGGUCCCCGAAUCCGUUGAAACAUAUCUCCAAUCUGCUCAGCCCAUGGGCUAUGCCCGUUCAAAGCUUAUCACAGAAAAUAUUUGCAAUCUGGCUGCGAAGAAGGCUCGCAUGAGUUCCCGUGUUCACCGUGUUGGCCAAGUAGUUGGUGACACUGAUAACGGUAUCUGGAACGCGACAGAGGCCAUCCCGCUGUUGAUACAAGGUGCCCUAAGUACAGGUGCUUUGCCUGCUCUCGAAGAUACCCCUACUUGGCUACCCGUCAACAUUGUCGCGAAGGUUGUCCUCGAAUUGGCUUUUGUGCCCUCUGCUGAUGCUCCGUUGAAUGCAUUGUUCCAUGUCGUAAACCCAAACACAAUCCACUGGACCAACGAUCUUCUACCAGCUCUGAAAGAGGCCGGUCUUGAAUUUGACAUUGUCGGAAAACGGGACUGGGUCGAUAAGCUUCGGAAGUCUGAUCCAGACCCAGUGAAGAAUCCGACAUUCAAGCUGGUGGAUUUCUUCGCCAAGAAAUACGAUAACGAUAGAGUUGGAAAGGGGUUGUAUUAUCGUACGGAGUUGGCAAGAGCACUCUCACCAACACUGAGGGACAUCGGGGUGGUAGAUACAAAGUUGGUUUCAAAAUUUGUGGAUUACUGGAGGAAAAAUUGUUGGAAUGUUUAG